AUGAAUUUGAAUCAACACAGUGGUCCUGGUCCGCCAUCCAUUGUAACGUCAGCUCUAACAACGUCUUUGUCGUCUUCGCUAUUGUCAUCGUCAUCGUCAUCAUCGACAUCAACUUCAAAUCAAACAACAGAAAUGCAAUCAAUGAAGAAAACCAUGCAAGUGUCAAAUUCAAAUCCUCCACCUCAGCCCACGGCGAAUGUGGUCAAGAGCAUUAGGGCUGCAACAAUGUUCACUACAAUAAAAACAGCAACAACAAAUGACAAUAAAUUAAUAUACGAUCAUGUUGAUAGUGCCAAAAGUUUUAAAUCAUCUAUACCAACAAUAACAACAACAACAAGUACUUCCAACACAACCACGUUGUCCUCUUCCUCCUCCUCCGCCUCCUCCAAAAACAGUGGCCAAUCAGCAGUACCACCACCAUCCGCAGUUAUGCGUGCUUAUGCUACAAAUCUGACCACCACCUCAACACCCACAUUACUGCUGAACGGUAGUUGCGGUGGUAGUAGCAACGGUGCUACCCUAAUAUCGGGUGAAAAUUCCACUACUUUAAAUGGUGUUGAUGGUGGCGGUAGUGUCCAUUGCAAUGGCAGUGCAACAACAAAUGGUUGCGCACCUGCAACAACAACAACGAACACAACAACAAGUGGCAUCCAACCACCACCAGUAUCGCGUACAAUAUCCUCGGAUCGUUUGGUAACGGGUCCAUCGUGUAAGGCUUUGCGCACCGCGGUUUCAGCCUUGUAUUCAGUGGAUGAUUUCGUUAAGGAGAAGAUCGGUUCGGGAUUCUUUUCAGAAGUUUAUAAGGUCACUCAUCGUACAACGGGUGAAGUUAUGGUUUUAAAAAUGAAUCAAUUACGCGCCAAUCGACCAAAUAUGCUGAGAGAAGUACAACUACUUAACAAAUUGUCACAUCCAAAUGUAUUAAGUUUUAUGGGUGUCUGUGUACAAGAAGGACAACUACAUGCCUUAACCGAGUACAUUAAUGGUGGUUCAUUGGAACAGCUGUUGGCAAAUAAAGAAGUCGUUUUAACGGCUGCAGCAAAAAUAAGACUGGCAUUGGGUGUCGCAUGUGGUAUGGCCUAUGUUCAUGAUGCUGGCAUAUUCCAUCGAGACCUGACGAGUAAAAAUGUAUUAAUACGAAAUUUACCCGGUGGACGUUUUGAAUCGGUGGUGGGUGAUUUUGGUUUGGCUACCAAAAUUCCCGAUAAAAAGGUCAAAACCCGUCUGGACUAUGUCGGCUCACCAUAUUGGGUUAGUCCGGAAUGCCUAAAAAAUCAAUUUUAUGACGAACGCAGUGAUGUCUUUUCAUUUGGUAUUAUCUGUUGUGAGAUCAUAGCUAGAAUUGAAGCAGAUCCUGAUAUAAUGCCACGUAGCGACUCCUUUGGUUUGGACUAUUUGGCAUUUGUUGAUUUGUGUCCUAUGGAUACGCCACCUGUAUUUUUAAGACUGGCUUUUCAUUGUUGUAUAUAUGAUCCCAAAAGUAGGCCUACGUUUCAUGAUGCCUCGACGAAACUUACUUUACUUUUGGAAACAUACGAGCAUGACCCGAAUUCGGGGAAUGCCACAAAUGGGGCCACAUCAUCUUCCUCAUCCACAAUCAGUGCCAGUUCAAGUCCUUUAAGUUCCUUAGAGAUGACUUGUUCGCCGAACGGCAGUGAUGCGGAAAAUAUGUGUCAAGCGAAUACCCAUAAAAAUGGUUGUACUCGUCACUUGACAACAACAAAGAAAUUAACUAACCCCAGUACAGCAAUAACCACUACACCGUGUAUUAAAACCGCUCCGGCUGGUCAAGUAACACCACGCCACAUGAAAGAAGUCAACGAAAACGGUUUCCUCUUUCCGGAAAAGGCAAGUCGCAGCAAUUCCAUAGUGAAUGGCUCUCCCUUGGAUGUUGAUGACAACUGUAGCACCAAGAAUCGUGUUAAGAGGGCGACCAAACGAUAUGAAGCUGCAGCCGAAAUGCUAAUGCAACAACAUCGCCGUUCGCUGAGUGAAAACAUUAUACACUUUCCAUUGCACACCACACCGAGCGACAAGGCCCGUUGCCAUCAAAUGAAUCGCCAACGAUCCUCCACCCAUUCACCAACUCCACCGCCCUUUGGAGGUUCGACUAGUGCCACUGCUGUCAGUGCUGCACACAUCCAGGCACGAGAAUCACCACCACCGGUGCUAACCCUGAGGAAGGUGGCUGAAACCAUGUGCCUCAAAGAUGACCUCUACAAACCUAUACGUGCCGAUCACAAUGGCGUCAAAUCAAAUCCUUUCACAGCACUGGCCCAACUUAGGCGUGUGAAAAAGGUAUUGGGUGCCAAUCCAAAAACCUAUGCUGCAGGUGUGGGCGAUUUGUUUAGUUCAUGUUUCGAGAUGUGUGCACCAUUCUUUAAGGAAAUGGCAGCAUUGCAACAGAAACCCGCGAAUGGAGUGACAGAUGAAGCUGGUGGCAAACCAGGUACAUCAGCAACAUCGCCAAACGAACCAAAGAGUCUACCAACAUCGCCGCAAUUAUCACGCAAAUACAGUGCAAUUGAACUGAAACUAUCACCAACACUACCACUUCCUCGGUGUUGCACAAACGAAGUGGACGAUGAUGAUUGUGUAGACGACUCUGAUGCCGAGCAAGAUGCAGAUGGUGGUGGCAACUGUGCCGAUGCUGAAUCAAGCAGUGACGAUUCAGCCGAACGACCUGCACCCAAUCCAGUAGCCCGAAAAUAUCGAGCCAAUUCGCUCUUUACACACCCCUUAUUUCGCGGCAAUGGCAGCACUAAAAGUACCGAAGAUCAAUGUUCGGCAAUGGCCGCCCUGGCUGCACAAACUGUUGCCGCAUCAACGUCAACGGUAGCCAUGGAAGAUUGUAACUCAUCCGAGGAUGGUUGUGAUGGUAGUGCCCUGAAAUCCUCCAAGGAUUUGCCAAUAUCCGCAUCAACACCUUCGCCCCCAACACCGCCUGCACCAACAUCAGCGCCGAUGGUUGCCACACCCGCCUCUCUAUCUUCGUGCACAGAUUUCGAUUUGAAUGACAUAAAACCCAGUGAUUUUCUGCCCACAAAGAGUUCACUGACACGCCGAGACUCCAUCGAGAGUGGGUUCUAUUCAUGUUUCAACGAGGAGUCGGAUGCUGCUACAACAUUUCGUCAAUUCAAUGGCGCCGGGGUACCUUCAUUAGGUUUGGGUUGCGGUGGCGGCAGUAGUUGUUGUUUCGAACAGCUAAAGUCACAACUAAUGUUGGACGUGGGUGCCAAUGGGGAAUUGAGUGACAAAUUGGCCAGUUUAUGCCGCUGUUGUUAUUACAGUUCUGCGUCACAAAAUGGUGGAGGCCAUCACCAGCUACUUAAUGAUUCAUCGUCCACCUCUUCGUCGGUGCUGUUAAUCGAUGAGCCGACCACAAGUAGUGGUGGUAUAAAUACUUCUUCCAGUGCAGCGGCUUUACGUUCAUUUGAUGACCUGGAAUUGCCGGAUGCCACACGCAACCAUCGUCGCUACACCUGUCAUCAUCACUUAAUGGGUGCUGGAAAUCAAAAUGAUAGCAAUUUUGCAGCCACAGCUGGUCUAAUCAAUCGUUUGGCGUUGGAUUCGGAAAUUCAUUCGUUAAUGCAACGCAGUCCCUUUGCCACCAAUCAAUUGUUGUACUGCAAAAAUCGUACCUCCUCUAUAUACACCGAUAGUUCAGAUGAUAUUAGCAGUCUGGCGGGCUCCGAUUCAUUGUUGUGGGAUGAGAGAUCAUUUGCCUAUCCGCCCAGUACACGUUCUGCACAAAUUGCCAAAAUUGUUGAGUAUUUUGAAAGAAAACGGCAAGUACCUGAUACUAUACCACCGCCACGUGGCAGCGUUAGUAGUGGUGCUGCAGGAGGCAAUAAUGGCACUGGCGGUAGUGGGUCUACGUCUUCAUCCUCUUCGAUGGCGGCAGCCGUUGCAGCCUCAGCUUUGGGUUCAUCAUAUUUGUCAUAUGAAACAAGACGUUAUUCCGACUUUAAACGUCAUGCAGCUAUUAAUUCAGAUUACGAAGCAUUUUGUUUUGAUUUGGAUAAGAAGCCAUCACAGGCCCGCUUAAUGGUGUGUGAGGGAGCCGUUAAAUCCAAAUUACAGAUAUUUGAUAAACUAAAGCAACAACAGGCAAAUUGUGCAGCAACGACGACAAAUUCAACGGCGCAUCUUGCGGGUCAUUGUAGCAAUGCCAUGCCAGCCGUGGUCAGUAAUGGUGGUACCACAAAUAGCAGCAAUACAACAGCAAUGACUGCGGGGACGACCGCAUCGUUUGCGCCCACAACAUCUAUGACAGCAUCGACUGGUUCUAUUACACCAACCCAAACUCCUACAAGUACAACGACAGCAAUAUGUUCACAAAUCAAUAGUGCUGGUUAA